AUGCCACAUCUGACAAUUGAGACUUCCAUCGCUGCUGUAUUCCAAAUCAUCCAUCUCAUCGCUCAGAUGUUUCAGGAGCUGGAAGAGCAUGCGGCCUUCGCCCUUAGGGUCAAGCUUCCGUUAUGCUGCCUUCUCCUUAUCGAAACACUAAAACGCAUUGACCAGGAAGUCGGAAUGGGUCGCGAACUUCCCAUGCUGCACACUAAUAUUUUCUCGGGUUGUGCUCUUCACUAUUUCCAUCGCUUUGGAGAGGGCCUAGAUGUCUGCGCGAGUCUUGGUCUGCACUACAGUCGGGUGGACAAGUCCGGAAUCAUUAUAUCGUGA